AUGAAGGAUUUUGAACUUCUCGUUCAGCGAAUCGAAUCGGUGGGGCUAGAGGUAAAUAUUUGGGGGGAUUUAAAUUGCAAUGUGGCUGCCUACCCACUAGAAUCACAUACAAAGAGUCUUCUGGAAAUUUGCAACCUUUACCAAUACCACCAGCUGAUAAAUGAACAUACCCGAAUCACUGAAAAAUCCGCGACUAUUAUUGAUUUAUUAAUAACAAAUAAAAAGGAAUUUUUUACACAUUCUGGUGUUUGUCACAUCGGAAUAACUGACCAUUCUCUUAUCUAUGGAGUUAGAAAAUUUUGUUUUCCCAAAGGGAAACCAAAGAUUGUGGAGUCGCGACAAUUUAGGAAUUUUGAUGCUAAUUCAUUCCACGCUGACUUUAACCUAGCACCUUGGCAUCUAGUUCAUCUGGAAGAUAAUCCAAAUCGUGCCUGGGAAAUUUGGUCACCUCUGUUUUUAGAAAUAUGUGACUUCCAUGCACCAGAAACGUAA